AUGGCAGAAGAGACACAGGUCCUUUCCAUCCAGCAACGGAUCGCCGCCCUGAACCAGGCGCAGGUCGGACAAAGCCCUCAGGCUGCCGCAUCCCCGUUACUCGGGGCGCAACCAACCCCUUUCGCAUCGCGUCCAGCCCCUUCGCGACAGCAAACGAUCAAUAAUCCUCCAGUCAAUUCCCAUGACUCUCUUGGUGAUAGAAACGAGCCAACCGGGGCGCAACCAAAACCUGUGCCCAGGCCACCACCAAUACCUGUUCAGAAACCAAGGGCCCCUCCACCGUUGCCGGCUCGAAAGGCGUCAACUGAAUCAGCACCAGCGCUACCACCACGAAGACCGUCAGGGUUCUCUCGAAAGGAAUCUAGGGAGUCCCUAGGCUCGGAUGUGUCCCAUUCAACGUCUACAAGUGCGGGGAGGGCUACAAUAGCAUCGACCACGUCUAAUAACUCGGAUACCAUCCGCAGUGUACGUGCGCCUGCAUGGGGUGCAAAAUUGCCUCCUUUGCCACCGAAAAGACAAGAUACGAAAACCGUUCAACCGCCCCCACGACCGAGACCAUCACCUGCAAAUAGCAGCAGAAGCCUCUCGCAGGGUCGCCCCUCACUACCCCCUCGGCGAGAGUCGACCAACAGCACGUCAACUAAUGGAAACCGCUCUACCUCUCGGCCUCCUCCGCCAUUACCUUCUAGAAUAAAUAGCGACAAGUCACCUGGACCAAGUGCAGACACAAAUGGCAAGCAAUCAACGAGAAAAUUGCCACCGCCGCCCCCCUCGAGUGCUGCUCUGGAGAAGAUUCAAAGUUCAGGGCUUGCAGGGAUAAACCGGAACACCGAGAACUCUGGGAAAGGGACGAAUGGUAGUGUACAAGAGCCGCAGCCGAACGGGGUGCCACCCCCAGUUCCCAGAGCGACACGUCCAGAUGUCGACCUCGCCAAACUUCAGGCGACUAAACCUCGCCUUUGUAAAACCACGCAUUCAGCUACGGCACCGAGCACAAUGUGCUUGAAGUGCCGCGAUUUCUCGGCGCCUGAUGCUCAUGCAGCGCAAUAUCCUCGCGAGUCACUGCCGUCUUACGACUUGGCAUGGCUGGCGAGGGAACUGACAGCGCCGUUUCCUUCCCCCACUGAUAAAGCGAGGGCCUUGUUCACUUGGUUCCACCAUAAUAUAGAAUACGAUGUGCAUUCCUUCUUCAACAAAUGUGUAAAACCUUCCACGCCAGCGGGAACUCUAGCGUCAGGACUGGCGGUGUGUGAAGGAUACGCCAGUCUAUUUGCAACUCUCGCAACCCACGCUGGGCUCGAGGCGGUAGUAGUCGCUGGUCACGGCAAGGGCUAUGGCUAUGACGCUCCAGCUCCAGGCUCCCCCAUACCACCGGUUUCGGCAACCGGACAUGCCUGGAGUGCAGUGAGGAUUGAUAAUGGACAGUGGAAGCUGUUGGACGCCUGUUGGGGUGCAGGUGUAGUUCAGGGUCCAGGCCUCCCUUACAAGAAGCAAUUUAACCCGGCCAUGUUCACCGACUCGAAUGACGAGUUCGGGCUCCGACAUUUCCCUUCCAACCGAUCUCACUUCUUCCGGGAUGAUGGCCGGCCCGAGAUCACUUGGGAGGAGUACAUCCUGGGCAACCCGAACUCACCAUUGAGUGCUGAGCAGCCGACAAUCUUUGGCGACGCACAAAACCACAGCAUAGGCGAACGGUCAUUCCGUCCGGCGGCCAAGCAAAUCUCCAUCCACGACCCCAGCCCGCUCCGGUUCCAGUUCAAUCUCAUCUGCGAACACUGGACCCUGGAGCAUCACACCCGAGCUAAGCCUGGGCUUUUCUUGCUGAUGGUUCACGGCCUCGACGGUCGGCAAGACGACCGUCUCCCCUUCACCCAUGUCCGGGGCUCCGGACCGGGGGGAGGCGGGGACUUCUGGUAUGUCGAUGUACCGAAUGCCAAGAUACUGGGUGCACCCGGUCAGAAGCUAGCCAUCGCCGUACUUACCAGCUUCGGGGAUCGAAAGGACGCACGGGGCGUGACCGCGGAAGAAUAUCGGCAGCAAGUCGGUCGGGUAGGAAUGGCGUGGGCGUACAUUGCGGAGUGGCAGCUGGUGUGA